GAUGUGAGGGAUCUUGGCCGCUCUGGGCGCCGUGAGCGGCGGCGGCGGCGCGGCCGAUGACAGCAUUCGGUCGCGACGCUUUCCCGGCCCGGCGGCUCUGGUAGCGGUUCCCAGAGCAGCUGCAGCGGUUGCUUUGGCCGCGGCCGCAGCCGCCACGCGUAGCGACCGAACGGAGGGAAGGCGGGGGCCCCUUCGGCGCGGGAACUGCGGAGCCCGCGUUCCCGCCCACUUCGCCUGCGGGCUAGCGCCCUCGGGCUGGGCUCCCGCCCCCGCCGCCGCCAGCUCCAGCGGCCAAGGGAAGUUGGGGGCCGCCCGAACGCUCGCAGGGCCCGGCAGGACCCGGUCCCCUGCGUCCCGCCUCUCCGGUGGCCCCGCACUGGAUUUCCAGAUUUACAGUAUGGAUGAACAUUAAUGGAAGGAGAAGUGUAAACUCAUCUUCUCUCACUAUGGAGGCAGGUUUGGGAGACGGAGAACCUGACCGAACUUUGCUUCUUGGUGAUAGCAAAGAUGUCCUUGGGCCAUCAACUGUGGUAGCAAACAGUGACGAAUCUCAACUUCUGACACCAGCAAAGAUGAGUCAGCGCCAAGGGAAAGAAGCCUACCCCACGCCAACCAGAGAUUUGUAUCAGCCACCUUUCAGUCCAGCAAGUCCCCAUAACCAGGGUUUUGAAAGAGGAAAAGAAGACAUUUCUCAAAAUAAAGAUGAAUCUUCAAUUUCUAUGUCAAAGAGCAAGUCUGAAUCAAAACUUUAUAAUGGCUCAGAGAAGGAUAAUUCAGCUUCAAGCAAGCUCACAAAAAAAGAGUCUCUUAAGGUGCAAAAGAAAAAUUACCGAGAAGAAAAGAAAAGAGCCACAAAGGAGUUACUCAGUACAAUCACAGAUCCUUCAGUUAUAGUUAUGGCCGAUUGGUUGAAGAUUCGUGGUACUCUAAAGAGCUGGACAAAGCUGUGGUGUGUAUUGAAACCAGGGGUGCUACUCAUCUAUAAAACCCAAAAAAAUGGUCAAUGGGUAGGAACAGUCCUUCUGAAUGCCUGUGAGAUCAUUGAGCGUCCUUCAAAAAAGGAUGGCUUUUGUUUCAAACUUUUUCAUCCUUUGGAGCAGUCUAUUUGGGCAGUGAAGGGUCCAAAAGGCGAGGCAGUUGGGUCCAUAACGCAGCCCUUACCUAGCAGUUACUUGAUCAUCCGAGCUACUACCGAAUCAGAUGGCAGGUGCUGGAUGGAUGCUUUGGAGCUGGCUUUGAAAUGCUCUAGCCUGCUCAAACGUGCCGUGAUCAGGGAAGGAAAGGAGCAUGACCUGAGCACGUCCUCAGAGAGCACACAUGUGACUUUGUACGGCUUAUUACGUGCUAACAAUCUCCACAGUGGUGACCACUUCCAGUUAAAUGAUAGUGAAAUUGAAAGACAGCAUUUUAAGGACCAAGAUAUGUAUUCUGAUAAAUCCGAUAAAGAAAAUGAUCAAGAGCAUGAUGAGUCUGACAAUGAGGUAAUGGGGAAAAGCGAAGAAAGUGACACAGACACGUCAGAAAGGCAGGAUGAUUCUUACAUUGAACCUGAACCCGUUGAGCCUCUAAAGGAGACCACCUACUCGGAACAGAGCCAUGAAGAACUCGGAGAGGCAGGUGAAGCUUCUCAAACAGAAACGGUGUCUGAAGAAAACAAAAGCCUUAUCUGGACGCUGCUGAAACAAGUCCGUCCUGGCAUGGACCUGUCCAGAGUGGUUCUGCCUACAUUUAUUUUGGAACCUCGUUCCUUCCUGGAUAAACUUUCAGAUUAUUACUAUCAUGCAGAUUUCCUAUCAGAGGCUUCUCUUGAAGAAAAUCCUUAUUUCCGUUUGAGGAAAGUAGUGAAAUGGUAUUUGUCAGGAUUCUAUAAAAAGCCAAAGGGACUGAAGAAACCUUACAAUCCUAUACUUGGGGAGACUUUCCGUUGUUUGUGGAUUCAUCCCAAAACAAACAGCAAAACAUUUUAUAUUGCUGAACAGGUGUCCCAUCAUCCACCAAUAUCUGCCUUUUAUGUAAGUAAUCGAAAGGAUGGAUUUUGCCUUAGUGGCAGCAUCCUGGCUAAGUCCAAGUUCUAUGGAAAUUCAUUAUCUGCAAUAUUAGAAGGAGAAGCACGGUUAACUUUUUUGAAUAGAGGUGAAGAUUAUGUAAUGACAAUGCCAUAUGCUCAUUGUAAAGGAAUUCUUUAUGGUACAAUGACACUGGAGCUUGGUGGAACAGUCAAUAUUACAUGUCAAAAAACUGGAUAUAGUGCAAUACUUGAAUUCAAACUAAAGCCAUUUCUAGGUAGUAGUGACUGUGUUAAUCAAAUAUCAGGGAAACUUAAAUUGGGAAAAGAAGUCCUAGCUACUUUGGAAGGCCAUUGGGAUAGUGAAGUUUUUAUUAAUGACAAAAAGACUGAUAAUUCAGAGGUUUUCUGGAAUCCAACACCAGACAUUAAGCAAUGGAGAUUAAUAAGACACACUGUGAAAUUUGAAGAACAGGGAGAUUUUGAAUCAGAGAAACUCUGGCAGCGGGUCACUAGAGCGAUUAAUGCCAAAGACCAAACAGAAGCCACUCAAGAGAAGUAUGUUUUAGAAGAAGCUCAAAGACAAGCUGCCAGACAUCGGAAAACAAAAAAUGAAGAGUGGAUGUGCAAGUUAUUUGAGCUUGAUCCACUCACAGGAGAAUGGCACUACAGGUUUGCAGAUACUCGACCAUGGGACCCACUUAAUGAUAUGAUACAGUUCGAAAAAGAUGGUGUCAUCCAGACCAAAGUGAAGCACCGCACUCCCAUGGUUAGUGUCCCAAAAAUGAAACAUAAGCCAACCAGGCAACAGAAGAAGGUGGCAAAGGGCUAUUCCUCCCCAGAACCUGAUAUUCAGGACUCAUCUGGAAGUGAAGCUCAGUCACUAAAGCCAAGUACAAGAAGAAAGAAAGGGAUAGAACUGGGAGACAUUCAGAAUUCCAUCGAGUCUAUAAAACAAACCCAGGAAGAAAUUAAAAGAAAUAUUAUGGCUCUUCGAAAUCAUUUACUUUCAAGCACACCUGCCACGGAUUAUUUUCUGCAACAAAAAGACUACUUCAUCAUUUUCCUCCUGAUUUUGCUUCAAGUCAUAAUAAACUUCAUGUUUAAGUAAAAGUUCUUUACAAUUGAAUCAGUGAACUGGAAUAAUUGGAUUUGGCCUGGAACCAAUAUUCAAGUUGGUUUGGUCUCUGUUAAAAUAUCACAAUAUUUCUAAAACUACCUUCAAGAUAAAUGUAGAGGUGUUGACCUUUCAUACUGUUUAUCCUUAACCUGAAACAAGAGCUACUCUAUUUGGUUAUUAAAGUGAGCUAUGUGUUAAGUGCCAGAACAUAUCUAGCUUUUGUGACAAUGUGUCUACAUGUGAAUAUAAUCCACAUGUAGACACAGUUGUGUCUUAUGUGUACCUGACAGUAGUCAUUGUAUUCUAUAGUAUGUUCUGAGAUUUAACAUUAACUUUGUUCAUAACAAAAAUGCUAUCAAUCUUAUAAAUAUGUUAUCUAUUUUCUUCAUUAAACAGGCAUAAAACUUUUAUCAAUAAGGAAUGAUAGAAUGGAAAAUGGUGGGAUAACAGAUAUUAUAAACAGUUCAAUAUUCUAUAGUUAAAAAAAAUCAUUUCCAAAGCACCUAGCUCAAUUGUCUCCUUAGAAACAGCAAGAAAAAAGUGUGGUCAAAAUUAACAUAUUGAGAGAGACAUGGUGGCAAAUUGCUUUUUAAAAAAUUCACACAAGAUAUUUUUAACCCCUAGAAUUGAAUAUUUAUAGAUAUAGAUAUAAAUGUGCAUAUGGGUAUAUCAACAUAAAAAACUGGUAUGCAACUACUUGGAUCUAUUGAUUAUCUUUCAUAUCAUACCUAUGUAAUAACACCUUCAACACUUGCUUGAAAAACGUGUGGUCAAAAUUGAUUGCUCUCCUAUCUUCUUUUUUUUUUUUAAUGUAGUUGGUCGAAUAAUAUAGGUCAAAUUCUAGAAAGUCUAUAGGACAUAUAGAAUGCUGAUAAUACAUGUUUUUUCAUUAUGAAAAACUUAUUUUAGCACUUAUUUAGACCCUAGUGUGUUCAGUAAAUAACGUAGAAUAGAAAAAAUUACAACCAAUAUUUUAUUUUACUUCAAAAGCCAAAUAUGAGAUAGGCAAUAAGAAAAAACGCUUAGUGUGGUGGCAUUUCUGUUAAAAUUUCUUUAAAAUGUGCAAUAAGUUGAGCUUGUAAGAAGAGCGUCAAGUUCUGAAGUUCCUUUGUCAUCCUUGGUUCUUGGCAGCUUCAUCCUGUGGCAAAACUACAGUUCUUCAAGGUUCCCUUCCGCUCAGGCCGAGACAAGCUUUUCGUGAAUUUUCUCAAUUUGAUGUUUUUACUUUGUGUUUUUAAAUAAAUAUUUAUAAUUCUCAAAAGCAAUUUUUGCAAAUGUAGUUAGGCUUAGAACAUGUCCCAAGGUGUAUCUUAGAGUCCUGAAAAUACAGAUUUUAAAAUGUCAUUGAUGAAAAGAAGGUCAGAGAGAAUAAUUGCUGAGGCUACAUUUGCCUUUGGCUGAGAGACUGCAAGACCCUAGCAAAAUUACAGUCAGCUAUCUGUGCCAUGAUAAAUACAAAAUCAAGGAGUGACCGCUAAAUUAUGAAAAUUGAAAAUGACAAAAAGAGCCUCUUCUUUUCCCCCCAGUAUAGCUAUCUUAAGUAUCUUUGGGUUUUAUGAAGAACUAUUUAUUUCCUAUGUAUUUUUCACAAAAUAAUGCUGUAUUCCAAAUGUACAUGUGAAAGCAUGUUUUGAGUUGAUGAAAAUGUAAAUACGAUGUAUGUGUACCUAGUGGAAGGACAGGUAUAAUAUGAUUACACAAGAGCAGGUGGGGCUUUCUUGUUAUCUCAUACUUGUCAAUAUAAUCUUGUGCUUUCUUACCAAUGUUAUGCUCACCUGCCUAUGAAUUGACAUAUUUUGUAAAUAUUGUACAAUUUGGUUCUUUUUAAAGGUUUUAAAUUCAUAUUAAUUUAUAUUAUAUAUAGAUUGAUUGGUUGAUAACAAAAAUUACUUCAUCAUUAGCCCAGAAAACCUAAAAUAUUUUUGUUGGUAAACCUCCUAUGGGGUUUUAGUCUUAUUCACUUGUGUGUUAUUUUCAUUUCGUCUAACUAGUGUUUUAUUUGUAUGGGUAUCUUCCAAGACUGGAAAAGUAGUUAUUUUCUUUUUAGGGCAGAUGUUAUGGGUUCCUGUUACCCAAGGAAUCAGUAACUAUCCCAUGAGAAAGAAAGAGCAGGGCUGCUCAUGACUGUUUCUUAUACACUAAAAGCAUGUAUCUUAUGUAAUAAUCCCCUUAGGCUUUUAGCUGUAUGAGUUCCUUUCUGUGAACUGAACACAAAACUCAGGAAUUGGUGGCUUACUUUUAGAUCAGUGCUUUUACUAGGCUUAGUGUGUGAAUUAAAACAUAUAACUAACUUUGUAUGUAGCCAUAUAUGUAAUUGACUUUGUUCUCUACCUGAGAUUAAUCUUCCUUCAUAUGUGGAUUCAUAAAAUUGUGAUUUUCAGUUCCCAGUUGUCUGAGAGCCUUUUGAUGGUUUCUAGGAUAUUUAAGACCUUAUGACAAGUUUUUUUCAUUUGAUCAGAAAUUUUAUUUUUUCAUAUGAGAUGUUAGAUGAGUCACUUUGUCGACAUGUGCAUUUGUCUUAGUUGUUAAAUGUAUUAUGCCUUCAGUUAUCCACCAUUUAGUUAGAUGUAGCUGGCCCAGGAAAAGACAGUAAAAAGGACAUGCAAAGUAAGUUUCAGCAAUAGAUGUUUUACUUAUACUUCACCUCAGUACUUUUUUGUAUCACUUAUAAAGGUACAGUGUAAUCUUUGUCACCAUUCCGUUGUAAAAUGCAGCCCUCAUUUAGUAUUCAUGCUUCUGUGCCUUUAAGAAUAUACUUUUGUCACAUUUGUGUUACAGACUAUAAUGUGAUUCAGAGUGUUCAUAGGUUUAAUUGUCAUAAAAGGGUCAUUUCUCUGUGUCACUUUAUUUCCUUUUAUAUAGCUACAGUAUAUUUAAACAGUAAUGAUGUACUUUUAUAAGGGUUUGUCUGUUUAUCUAUGUCAAAUAUAUUCUUCACUUUCAGACACCAUUGAGGUAGACUUGUCAGAUUAUUCUCAGUAUUGUAAACAGUGCCUUUUUGAUGGAAUUCACACUGUUUGGGGUGUCAAUUUAUGCCAUGUACACAAAAAUCUGUGGAAGGCAGUUUUAACCUUUUGAAGAAUAUCUUAAAUAUUUAAGAAAACAAAUGUAUCAGAUUCCAUUAUUUCCAGUGUUUAGCAUUUCUAGUGAGCAAUGAAUAUAUUUUGGGUUUUUUUGUUUGACAUACAGUGAUAUGGCAUCAUUGAUGAGGCUAUGCAUGAUGCCGCAGGUUAUCUGAAUUAUAUUAAAUGUAUAGAAAUAAAAUAUUAAAAUUCACAUCCAUACCAAAUUUUCCAAUUUGAACCAGUUGGGGGAAACUCCACCCAAAUCACUACAUUUACAUUUCAACUUCUAUUUUAUUUGCAUGGAAAAAAAGAUUCUUUAAACUGCAUAAACUGCCAUUACUACAUAAUUUGUUUCAUUUUGUUUACCUACAGUGUGAAUUUAGUGUACUUAAUUUACCUUUUAUUACUCUUAACAUACUGUUUGUUAGUUUUUAAUUGAAGAUGGACUGUUAAAAUUGUAUAGGACCAGUGUCUCCCUAAUAUGAUUAACAUAGAAGAGCCACAAGAAACCCAUGACAAAAUGAAUGUGAAUAUACUUCCUGAAAUAUCUAGAAAAUUUUGUCUUUUUGCAUUUAUCAUGUAAAAUUAUUUUACUAUUACAAUAUUGACAUUUAUUUAAAGAAAAUGCCAGGGAACAUUUGAACUGAUGAGCCACAGAACUUAAGUUGAAAUUUUUUCUCACUUUUUAGCCUAAAUAUACAUCUGAGUUAAAUAUCCUUUUAAUGGCCAUUUAUAAAUUCAAACACUACCACUGGUCAGUUUUGUAUUAUAGAAUAAUAGUAUGUUAUCCACAGUGUAAGUAUAGAGCACUGUCAAAAUCUUUUCCUUAAGGUCCAUAGUAGAUGUACAGAUAGUCAUAGGCUACUGUUUUGUAAUGUGUUACAUUUCUAACCUAUUAUUCCUAACAUAAAUGUUUGCAGAGACAAAAAAGAUAAGAGUUUUUCUAACAGUCUGUAAAAUUCUGCUAACUUCUACAAGUAGGCUUUCUAAAUAAAAUUUUUUAAAAAGAA